UCUAAAUGGAUUAGUUUUCAUCUCUUUGUCAAAGAAAAUGCCUUAUAACCGCGUCAACCGCGUGGCAUAGUGAACAUCCCACCUCACCCUUUCUAGUGAUAAUUUUAAUAUUUUAUUUCAUACCAGUAGGGGGAUUCACUGAACAACCAAAACCUCAAAGGACCAGGAUGAUAUUAGCUCCAGAAGACUGUGAGUGCCCUUUCGUCCCCGAAGGGCCAUCAAUUUCAGUAUCUCCAAUAUGCAACGGCACAUUACUAUUCAUGGUAAUGCUAGAGCAGUUUCUGAACGGGCGGUGCAACAUCGCGACUCCAUGCAAGAGAAUCAAGUCAGUGGAGCGAGUGGAACCGCAUUACGACUUUAUAGUAGUGGGAGCUGGAUCCGCGGGGUCUAUUGUAGCUGGGAGGUUGACGGAGAAUGAAAAUUUUAAGGUGCUACUAAUCGAAGCUGGUGGUCCAGAACCUAUAGGCGCCAGAGUGCCAUCGUUCUACAGGACCUUCUGGGACGCAGAUCCGGUGGACUGGAAGUACCGCACGGUGCCGUCUAACUACUGUCUCGACCAGCAGGGAAAGGGCUGCUGGUGGCCCAGAGGGAAAGUUAUUGGUGGAUCCAGUCUUCUCAAUGGCAUGAUGUACCACCGCGGCCACCCAGCCGACUAUGAGGACUGGGUGAACGCCGGCGCCAAGGGCUGGUCGUGGGAGGAGAACCUUCCAUACUUCGACAUGACGGAGGGGAACAAACAGGUCGGCACCCUCGUCAGUGCUAAACAUCAUUCGGAGUCUGGCCCUUUGCCGGUGCAACAGUUCAACGACCAACCGGAUGCGGUGUACAAACUGCUGGACGCCAUCAACGAGACUGGGCUUCCGGUCAUCACCGACAUGAACGACCCUGACUACCCCGCUGGCUUCGCCAUCGCACAGGCUUUCACUAAAAACGGCCAAAGGUAUACAACAGCGAGGGCAUUUUUGGAACCAAAGCCGAAUCUCCACGUCCUGAUGAACACCCACGUCAGCAAAGUGCUGCUGAACGGGAAGCAAGCAUUCGGAGUGGAGUAUAUUGACGAGCAGGGGAAGAAACAGACUGUAAAGGCUACCAAAGAGGUAAUAUUAAGUGCAGGAGCACUGAACAGUCCUCAGAUCCUAAUGCUCUCUGGUAUCGGCCCGAAGAAGACAUUGGACAAAUUGGGCAUUCCUGUAGUAGAAGACUUGCCCGUGGGACAGAACCUGAGAAACCACUACGGCAUCACUCUGAACUUCUUGCUGACCAAAGUCAAUAAUACAAACGUGCUAGACUGGCAACAGUUGACUGAAUACUUGCUGAAGAGGGAUGGAGCGAUGGCCUCUACAGCUAUAACACAGGUCACAGGUCUGAUGUAUUCAAGCCUGGCGGACAAGUCUCGUAAACAACCGGACAUUCAGAUGUUUUUCAAUGGGUUCUACGCAGACUGUUCCCGAGAAGGCGUGGUGGGGGAGCCAAGCGACUGCGAACAAAGGCAGGGGAGAAAUAUCUCAGCAAACGCCGCCAUCCUCCUUCCUCGCAGUGUGGGCUACGUCACUCUGAAUUCCACGGAUCCGCUGGACUACCCGCUGUUCUACCCGGAGUACUUCAAGCACCCUGAAGACAUCAUCAUGAUCAGAGACGGCGCCAGAUAUCUGCAGCGGAUCUUUAGUAGCAAAAGUUUACAAGACGAAUACGGCAUAGUCCUCGACCCGGAAUACUCCGCGCCUUGCUCUCGUGUGGACGAGGAGUGGUCUGACCGCUGGAUCGACUGCAUGGCGUUGCACCACACAGACCCGCAGAACCACCAGCUCGGCACCGCCGCUAUUGGCACCGUAGUCGAUACGGACCUCAAAGUCUUCAACAUUAAGGGCCUGAGAGUGAUCGACGCGUCCCCAAUGCCGACGCAGCCGAGCGGGAACCCGCAGGGAGCCAUCAUGAUGGUCGCGGAACGAGGGGCAGACGCUAUCAAGAGAGAAUGGGCGUAGACAUAGCAUAAUUCUAUCUAUACAUACAAUUCUGCGUAAGAAGUGUCGUAGUCAAUUUAAUGCACAUAUGUAUAAACUAUAUUUAGUUAGCUUGCCCAUCCUUGCCAAAUUUCCUGAAAAAGGUAGCCUAUGAUUGACUUCGGUUAAUCAUAUUUACAAAAAAAAAAAACAAAAUAUCUCAAGCGGCAAGUAGACUAUCACGUCAUUAAUUA